AUAACUGGCUGCAGAAGGCGCAGCUGCGAGUGUCACGCUGCUCGUAGGACGUCGUGGCUCGUCCUGUCCAAGUCGCACCUUUCACGCAUCCAACCCACCGAGCUCUGCGACGCCCUCCGUGGAAGGAUUUAAUGUCACAGCCGCCGUGGACUAACUUUCCCGCACGCCGCCUUUUAGCCUCUGGUUUCGCCCGCUGUGUCAGAUCUGGAAGCUUCGCCAUAAGGAGUGCGCCGUCACGGAAAACAUGCCGCUGUAUUCAGCUUUGGCGAGUAAGAACUACGAUUACGAGUACGACUCCCUGCAGCCCUUUUUCUACUAUGACAACGAGGAGGAGGACUUCUACCCGGAGCAGCCGCAGCCUCCGGCGCCCAGCGAAGACAUCUGGAAGAAAUUCGAGCUCCUGCCGACCCCUCCCCUCUCCCCGAGCCGCCGGCCGUCCCUGUCCAGCCUCUUCCCCUCCACCGCCGACCAGCUGGAGAUGGUCACCGAGUUCCUCGGCGACGACGUGGUCAACCAGAGCAUCAUCUGCGACGCGGACUACUCGCAGACCUUCCUCAAGUCCAUCAUCAUCCAGGACUGCAUGUGGAGCGGCUUCUCGGCGGCGGCCAAGCUGAAGAAGGUGGUGUCCGAGCGGCUGGCCUCCCUGCACGCCGCGCGUAAGGACGCAGCGGCGGCGGCGGCCGUGGACCCGGCCGUGGCGGCUGCGUGGAGAUUGAACAGCAGCAGCAGCAGCAGCUACCUGCAGGAUCUCAACACGUCCGCGUCGGAGUGCAUUGAUCCGUCGGUGGUUUUCCCCUACCCGGUGGCGGAGACGCCCAAGCAGGCUGCAGGGACGGUUCCCAGCAAGGACCUGGGGCUGGAAACGCCGACCAACAGCGGCAGCAGCUGUAGUGACUCAGAUGAUGAUGCAGAUGAGGAUGAUGAAGAAGAGGAAGACGACGACGAGGAGGAGGAAGAAGAUGAGGAGGAAAUCGACGUGGUCACCGUGGAGAAGAGGCAUGCGGUGAAGCGAAGUGACCCCAGCCCGCUGGAGAACAGGCAUGCGAGCCCACUGGUGCUGAAGAGGUGCCACGUCUCCACUCACCAGCAUAACUACGCCGCCCAUCCAUCCAUGAGGAGCGAGCAGCCGGCUGUCAAGAGGCUGAAGCUGGAGAGCAGCAGCAGCAGCAUCAUCACAGGAGGAGGAGGGGGAGGAGGAGGGACCUCCAGCAGGGUCCUCAAACAGAUCACCAGCAACCGCAAGUGUUCGAGCCCGCGGACGUCCGACACGGAGGACUACGACAAGAGAAGGACUCACAACGUGCUGGAGCGUCAGAGGAGGAACGAGCUCAAGCUGAGCUUCUUCGCCCUGCGAGACGAGAUCCCGGAGGUGGCGAACAACGAGAAGGCGGCCAAGGUGGUGAUCCUGAAGAAGGCCACGGAGUGCAUCUACAGCAUGCAGUCGGACGAGCAGAGACUCCUGACCCUCAAGGAGCACCUGAGGAGGAAAAGCGAACUUUUAAAGCAGAGACUUGCACAGCUACAGGGUUCUCGUGUUUAAAAGAUUCAAUUUUUUUUUUUUUGUUAUGGAAGUUCAAGACUGUACAGUUGUUGCAUGCAGAUGUUCAAUGGGUUGAAUUGUUUGGAAUCUUGGAUUUCAAAGUUUAAACUGCCUCAGCUGAAGUUAUGGGUGGAUAAAAUAUUUAAAAGUUUAUUUUUAUUAAUAAAACGUUUAAAACGGGUACGUCCUGCUCACGGAUGGCUCAAAGCAAAAUAUACAUUUUUAUGUUUUUGUAAAUAGUUAAUAUUUCUUAAGAAAAUGUAUUUUUCAAUCGCUAAUGUCUGAAUGUUCAGACCCACUUGUUUUUUUUGUUGUCCUUUUGCAAUAUGUUCUUUGGAUUUUUGUUUUUUUUUGGAUUAUAUAUAAAAAAAGUUUUCUUGAAUUUG